AUGGCACCCAUCCGCGUCGCCAUCGUCGGCCUCUCGGCAUCGGCCAAGACUGCCUGGGCCAGCCGUGCCCACCUGCCAUAUCUCCUGUCGGCGCGGGGACGAGAGCGCUUCGAGAUCGUGGCGCUGCUUAACUCGUCUGUCGACGCGGCGAAGGCGGCUAUCGCCGCCUACGAACUACCGGCCACGACGAAGGCCUACGGCGACCCCGACGCGCUUGCCGCCGACGCGGACGUCGACCUCGUCGUCGUCAACACGCGCGUCGACGUCCACCACGCAGUCAUCCGCCCCAGCGUGGCCGCCGGGAAAGCCGCCUUCGUCGAGUGGCCGCUGGCCCAGGACGCUGCCCACGCCCGCGAUCUGGCCGACCUCGCCCGCGAGAAGGGCGUGCUCGCCAAGAGCGCCGUCGGCCUGCAGGGCCGCCUCUCUCCCGUCGCCAAGGCCGUCCGCGCCGCCCUCGACGCCGGCCGCAUCGGCAAGCUGCUUAGCGUCGAGGUCCGCGCCUUUGGCGGCACUAACGACCGCGACGCCGUGCCCAACACCCUCUCCUACUUCCUCGAUCGCGACGUCGGCGGCCACAUCUACUCCAUCGGCGCGGCGCACUUGAUCGACCUCGUGCAGUCCGUCGUCGGUGAGGUGGAGUCGCCGCAGGCGCAGUUCACGUUGCAGCGGCCGACCGUGACGAUCAAGGACGCGGCGACGGGGGCGGCCAUCGGGACUGCGCCGUCCAACGUGCCGGACCUGAUCCUGAUCAGCGGCACGCUGGCGCCGUCGGCGAUCGUGGCGCCGCACGCCGCGUCCCUGCACUACCGCUACCGCCGCGGCCAGCAGUUCCCCGGCGACCCGGCGCUGACGUGGACGCUGGCCGGCGAGACGGGCGAGAUCAGGGUCACGUCGGAAAAGUCGGCCACCAUCUCCGUCAUCAACGACUUCCCGCCCACCGUCGAGCUGUACGACUUCGCUACCGGCGCCGUCGAGCUAAUCUCCUGGCAGUGGCUGCCCUGGCAGGAGGAGCUGCCCAUCUUCGCCCGCGGCAUCGGCGCCAUAUACGAGGCUAUUUCCGAGGGCAAAGGUGGCCAGGUCACGUUUGAGGACGCGCUCAAGAGGCAUGAGCAGCUCGAGGGGCUGCUGGCGCCCUGGAAGGCGUGA